CAUGAAUAUUUCCAGCAGUACGUUCACAUUGUCAAGAACCACCAAUAACAAUGACAGCUGGAAAGCUAGCCGUGCACGUUUCGCAAAAGCAUCUUCGUUUUCAACUGGCUCAGUGUGUUUCGCCGGCGCUCAUAGUUAACUGAACUGCUGCCUUCAUGUCAAAUGUGUUGUGCGCGUAAGCAUGCUCUGGCAAGGCGCCAUUGGGAUAACCGUGCUUUUAAUAGCGACACAGGUGUCGCUGGUGUGGGAGCCGGCGCUGGAAAUGCUUGCGCACGUGGGGAAGAUCUUUACAACCGCCUUUCUGCGAGGUGCCACAUCGAGAUUGGGGUACAAUUCACGAACGAUGGCUUUCUCAACAGUCGAGAGAGGUUCGCCCAACACCACGGACUACAGGAUGUAUUUUCGUAAGUCAUUAGUCGCAUGCAAUUGCAUCGUUUUAUCCUUGGUGGGUAUUUUGCCUGAUUUGAUAACGCUAGCGUCUGGCAUGGCUGUGGACGAUUACUUCGCUGUUGAACGGGGAAGUCCGAACUCCGCGAACUACAGCAUGUAUUUCCGAAAGGGAGACAAAUACAUCUCGCCCUUCCAUGAUAUCCCCAUGUUUGCGGAUGAGGCCAACCGUGUUUACAACAUGGUCGUGGAAGUGCCUCGCUGGACAAAUGCAAAGAUGGAGAUAAACACUAAGGAGCCCCUGAACCCCAUCAAGCAGGAUAUAAAGAAGGGGAAGCUACGCUAUGUCCACAACUGCUUCCCUCAUCAUGGUUAUAUCUGGAACUAUGGUGCCAUCCCACAGACUUGGGAGGACCCAAACCACGUAGAUAACAGGACCAACUGCAAGGGAGACAAUGAUCCCAUUGAUAUCUGCGAGAUUGGUUAUCGGGUGGCAAAGCGAGGCGAGGUGAUACAAGUAAAGAUCCUCGGCGUUGUGGCACUGGUAGACGAGGGGGAAACUGACUGGAAGCUGCUUGCUAUUGAUGUCAAUGAUCCUAUGGCUAAGGACCUAAAUGAUGUUGGAGAUAUUGAAAAGCUCAUGCCCGGUCUUCUAAAGGCAACUACUGAAUGGUUUCGCAUCUAUAAGAUUCCCGAUGGCAAGCCAGAGAACCAGUUUGCGUUUAACGGUGAAGCUAAGAACAAGGAGUUUGCAGAGGAAGUCAUUGCGGAAACUCAUGAUUUCUGGAAGGCACUGGUGCAACGCUCUGAUACUUCUCCGUUAAACUGCUCUAAUACCAUCCACACUGGGUCUCCACACCAUAUUAGUGAUGACGAAGCUACUUCCAUAGUCAAUUCUACACCAGAGCUUGGUCCUGAUGCUGGCAGGGAUGAUAUUGUGGACAAGUGGCACUUUGUCUGCCUCAAGUGAAUGCCCUUUGGUCCCAUCAAUGGACACUUUGAAGACACCUGCGUACAAUAAAUCUGCUUCAUGGAAACUUA